UUUCUGGGCCUGUAGCAUGCUCUCCAUUGUUAGCUUGGUAUAAAGCAGGAGCCAAAACUCAAGCAUGCAGAAUAUUUUGCCCAAAGGAUGGUCGUUAAUGCUGGAGGACAGAACACAUUUUGAUGUGAGAAUACUGUAAGACCCUAGGAGUCUGCUAUAUGAAGAUCAUGACGGAGAGUUUGCCCUAAUGAUGAUGAGAGAUGAUAAUUGGGCAUUGGGAGCCACGGAAGGUGCAGUAGCUUGGGCGCCCUUCACAUGCCUCACCCAUCCACACCCUGGUGGUCUAGAAAGUUGGAGACUGAUGUUUAUGAGCACCCCCUGGACCUAGAAAUUGGUUCCUUCUGUGACAAGCCCACCAUGUGGCCACUUCUUCAUGUCCUCUGGCUUGCUCUGGCCUGUGGCUCCGUUCACACCACCCUGUCAAAGUCAGAUGCCAAAAAAGCUGCCUCAAAGAUGCUGCUGGAAAAGACUCAAUUUUCAGAUAAACCUGUCCAAGAUAGGGGUCUGGUGGUGACGGACAUCAAAGCUGAGGAUGUGGUUCUUGAACAUCGUAGCUACUGCUCAGCAAGGGCUCGGGAGAGAAACUUUGCUGGAGAGGUCCUAGGCUAUGUCACUCCGUGGAACAGCCAUGGCUAUGAUGUUGCCAAAGUGUUUGGGAGCAAGUUCACACAGAUCUCACCAGUCUGGCUACAACUGAAGAGACGUGGUCGUGAGAUGUUUGAAAUCACAGGCCUCCAUGAUGUGGACCAAGGGUGGAUGCGAGCUGUCAAGAAGCAUGCCAAAGGCCUGCGCAUAGUGCCCCGGCUUCUCUUUGAAGACUGGACUUACGAUGAUUUCCAGAAUGUCUUAGACAGUGAGGAUGAAAUAGAAGAACUCGGCAAGACUGUGGUACAGGUGGCAAAGAACCAGCAUUUUGAUGGUUUUGUGGUGGAGGUCUGGAGCCAGUUGCUGAGCCAGAAGCAUGUAGGCCUCAUCCACAUGCUUACUCACUUGGCAGAGGCGCUGCACCAGGCCAGGAUGUUGGUCAUUCUGGUCAUCCCACCUGCUGUCACCCCCGGGACCGACCAGCUGGGUAUGUUUACACACAAGGAGUUUGAAAAACUGGCCCCUGUACUAGAUGGCUUCAGCCUCAUGACAUACGACUACUCCACAUCACAACAGCCUGGCCCUAAUGCUCCAUUGUCAUGGAUUCGAGCCUGUGUCCAAGUCCUAGACCCCAAGUCACAGUGGCGAAGCAAGAUCCUCCUGGGGCUGAACUUCUACGGCAUGGAUUAUGCAGCCUCCAAAGAUGCCCGUGAGCCUGUCAUUGGGGCCAGGUACAUACAGACGCUGAAGGACCACAGGCCCCGACUGGUAUGGGACAACCAGGCUGCGGAACACUUCUUUGAGUACAAGAAGAAUCGCGGCGGGAGGCAUGUUGUGUUCUACCCAACUCUGAAGUCUCUGCAGGUGCGGCUGGAGCUAGCCAGGGAGCUGGGCGUCGGGGUCUCCAUCUGGGAGCUGGGCCAAGGCCUGGAUUACUUCUAUGACCUGCUGUAGGCUGGACAGCAACAUCCAAGUGACUAUGGACUUUUCUAAGCCAUGAAGUGACUGGUGAAAUAUAGGCCUCUUUGUUUUCCGUGAGACAUCUCUCCUCAGCAGGGCCCACGUGAGUGAUUCUUGGCCUGGGCUAAGAAUUGGGGCUCCUCCUACUCACUACUCAUCGCUGCUUCCUGUGGGCCAGCUGAAAACAGUUCCCAUCCCCCGGUGACAGUCUGGCUCAGGACUUGGGCCUCCUGGGUGCUUUGCAAGGCCUGUGUUGGAUGUGGGUUUAGAAGAUAUAAACAAUCAGACUCUUC